AUGAAUGGUUUGUUGGCCACCAUGCAAGAUCUCCUGUCGAACUCCAAGCAUACAAGAUGGAUUGGUCCGCUGAUGAUCCUGGGAGAGGCUAUGCUCUGCAGUCUCAUCAUUUGGAAAGUCUCGUACACGGAAAUCGACUGGAGCACCUACAUGGUGCAGAUCCAACUCUUCCUCGACGGCGAACGACAGUACACCAAGAUUACGGGUCCCACGGGUCCCCUCGUCUACCCAGCCCUGCACGUAUACAUCUACACUGCGCUCUACCACCUUACCGACGAGGGCACCAAUAUCCUGCGCGCCCAGACCAUCUUUGCCGGCCUGUAUCUCGUGACGCUGACGGUGGUGCUUGCCUGUUACAGGCGGGUCGGCGCCCCGCCGUGGUUGUUGGUGCCGCUGGCGUUGAGUAAGAGACUGCAUUCUAUAUACGUGCUGAGGCUGUUCAAUGAUUGCUGGGCCGUGGUAGGCCUGUGGCUCGCUAUCUACCUCCUGCAAAGGCGGAAGUGGGCUGCCGGAGCCUUAGUCUGGGGCCUGGGGUUGGGAGUUAAGAUGACGCUUCUCCUCGCUGCGCCGGGCGUUGGGGUUGUCCUCCUCCAGGGCGCCGGACUUGCCGGUGCAGUCUGGUCUGGCUCAUCGGUUGUCCUGUCUCAACUUGUUUUGGCAGCGCCUUUCUUGACGAGAGACACUGGUCUGGACUACUUUCUACGAGCGUUUGAUUUCGGACGACAGUUUCUCUUCAAAUGGACGGUCAAUUGGCGAUUUGUCGGGGAGGACACAUUUCUCUCUAAAGGUUUUGCUAUUGGUCUGUUGGUGGUGCACCUCGCCCUGCUGCUCUCUUUCUUCCAGACGAAGUGGGUUCGUCCCACUGCUUCGAGCUUGGGGGACUUUGUGACUAAGCACUUCAGCCCUCUCAAUGAGGGCGAGCAGACCAAAAUCUCCCAGAAGAUCACGCCCACGUUUGUCAUGGACACUCUGUUGGGGAGUCUGGUGAUUGGUCUUCUGUGUGCCAGGAGUCUGCAUUAUCAAUUCUAUGCAUAUCUCGGCUGGGCCACUCCAUAUCUUCUCUGGAGGGCGGGAGGCGGCCCCGUCUGGGUGCUGCUCAAUUGGGCAAUUCAGGAAUAUUCUUGGCUGGUGUUCCCAAGCACAGACAUGAGUUCUGGCUUCGUGGUUAUGGAGCUUGCUGUGCAGGUUAUGUGUGCUCUUAUUGCUCCUCCUGUUGACCAUAUUCGGCCCCCAGUGAAGAGGAGCGUCAAAGCUGGUUGA